AUCUUGGUUUUCUCGUUUUCUCGCUCUUGUCCUCCAGCAGCGCACAGCUGUUUCGUGGUUUACAAUUUUAUCGAUUUCGUGUCCAAGCCUGCGACAGAAUUUUCCAAUUUCCGGAGAAUAUAUAGUGCAGAGCAGCACUCACAAUAUCCACCCCACAUUGGUUCAUAGUUUCGCGAAAUCAUCGAGUAAAAUGGCAAGUCCCGUGCCCGAAUGGUGAUAGUCGUUGGUGCGUGGAAUGAAUACAAAAAAGUGGAGUAUUUUCUUCAUGGCCGUGGACGUGUUGUGAAACCUAGUCGUGUGCGUCUUUUGCCUUCAAUUGCUCGGUUACGAAAUGUGUUCGUGGAGUUCAAUUGUAGCAAUGUCUGCCCGUGAGGAUACUUUGUGAUGUCGUUGAGUGCAACUAAGAGACAGGAGACUCGGUUUGAGGCUGCAAUUUAGCUUAGUCGGUCGACCCUUUGCGCGGAGUAACGCGAGCGUGGAGCAAGAAGAAGGAAGCGCCGGAAAAAUGUCGAAUCGAAGCCGCACAAUAUUAAACGUAAAUUUGGACGCAGCGAUUGCUAAUGAUCCGUUAAGGGAGCUUUUCGAGGCCUGCAAAACAGGCGACAUAGCCAAGGUGAAGAAACUCAUCACCCCACAGACGGUGAAUGCACGCGAUACAGCUGGCCGAAAGUCCACUCCCCUGCACUUUGCCGCGGGAUACGGACGACGUGAAGUAGUUGAAUACCUUUUAACUAAUGGAGCUUCAAUUCAAGCAUGUGACGAAGGUGGCCUGCAUCCACUUCACAAUGCUUGCUCAUUUGGUCACGCUGAAGUUGUUCGACUGCUUUUAGAAGCCGGAGCUAGUCCAAACACUACCGAUAAUUGGAACUACACUCCAUUACAUGAAGCAGCCAGCAAAGGCAAAAUUGACGUAUGUAUUGCCCUGUUGCAGCAUGGAGCCAACACCAACAUUCGAAAUUCAGAACAAAAAACGCCACUAGAGAUAGCCGAUGAAACUACACGCCCCGUUCUAACAGGCGAAUAUCGCAAGGAUGAAUUAUUAGAGGCAGCUCGGUCAGGGGCCGAAGAUAGACUGAUGGCACUGCUAACUCCGCUGAAUGUGAAUUGUCAUGCCAGCGAUGGAAGACGAUCGACUCCAUUACACUUAGCGGCUGGCUACAAUCGUAUCCGGAUAGUUCAAAUAUUGUUGGAACAUGGAGCGGAUGUCCAUGCGAAAGACAAGGGUGGUCUAGUGCCUCUGCACAACGCUUGCUCGUACGGUCACUUCGAGGUCACGGAGCUGCUCAUUAAACAUGGUGCAAACGUGAAUGCUAACGACCUUUGGGCUUUUACUCCCCUCCAUGAGGCAGCUUCUAAAAGUCGCGUGGAAGUUUGUAGUCUGCUGCUAAGCGAAGGUGCGGACCCAACUUUGUUAAACUGCCACAAUAAGUCUGCAAUUGAUUCGGCGCCUACAAGGGAGUUACGGGAUCGGAUAGCUUAUGAAUAUAAAGGGCAUUGCAUGCUUGAUGCAUGUCGCCAAGCAGAUAUUCCACGUCUAAAAAAGUAUCUAACUUCUGAAACCGUGAAUUUUGUUCAUCCAUAUACGGGCGACACUCCACUGCAUGCGGUGGCAAUGUCAGUAUAUCAAAAACGAAAACAAGUUCUCGAAAUUUUGAUCCGAAAAGGAGCUUUGCUCAACGAGAAAAACAAAGACUUUUUAACUCCGUUGCACGUUGCUGCCGAUCACUCGCACUAUGAUAUAAUGGACUUGCUUUUAAAAAGCGGAGCAAAGGUUAAUGCCUUAGACGGUUUGGGGCAGACGGCCCUUCAUCGUUGUGCUCGUGAUGAUAAUAUUCAAGCGUGUCGCCUUUUGUUGUCUUAUUCUAUUGACACCUCGCUGAUAUCUCUUCAGGGCUACACAGCCGCACAAUUGGCUUCUGAGAAUGUUCAGAAGAUUCUUAAAGAUCCGCCGGACACAGAAAUGAUUGAAUGUCAGUUGUUGGAAGCUGCAAAAGCUGGUGAUUUAGAUACUGUCCGACGUAUAGUCCUGGCUAACCCACAUACCGUAAACUGUCGAGAUCUGGACGGUAGGCACUCAACGCCUCUGCAUUUCGCUGCUGGAUACAAUCGUGUUCCAGUUGUUGAAUUUCUUUUAGAGAAUGGAGCUGAAGUUCAUGCCGCAGAUAAAGGUGGACUUGUGCCUUUGCACAACGCUUGCUCGUAUGGACACUUUGAAGUAACGGAGCUGCUUGUAAAACAUGGUGCCAAUGUUAAUGUAGCGGAUCUUUGGAAGUUUACCCCUCUUCAUGAGGCAGCUGCUAAGGGAAAAUAUGAGAUUGUAAAGCUUUUACUAAGGCAUGGAGCAGAUCCAACGAAAAAGAAUCGUGACGGUGCAACUCCUCUGGAUUUGGUACGUGAGGGUGAUCAGGAUGUAGCUGAUUUACUUCGAGGAAAUUCAGCUCUGUUAGAUGCAGCGAAGAAAGGGAAUCUUGCAAGAGUUCAGCGAUUGGUCACUCCUGAGAAUAUAAACUGUAGAGAUGCACAAGGUAGGAAUUCGACGCCAUUACAUUUGGCCGCUGGUUAUAAUAAUUAUGAGGUCGCGGAGUAUUUGUUAGAGAACGGAGCUGAUGUGAAUGCACAAGACAAGGGCGGUUUGAUUCCACUGCAUAAUGCGUCUUCGUAUGGCCAUUUAGAUAUUGCUGCUCUAUUAAUUAAACAUAAGACUGUUGUGAACGCUACUGACAAGUGGGGGUUCACCCCUCUACACGAAGCUGCCCAAAAGGGACGCACGCAAUUAUGUGCUCUACUUCUCGCUCAUGGAGCCGAUCCAUACACAAAAAAUCAAGAAGGACAAACACCAAUAGAAUUAGCUACUGCCGAAGACGUUCGUUGCCUCUUACAAGACGCAAUGACUACAUCGCUGGCAAGUCAACAAAGCUUGGCAACUUCACAAGGCUCACUUAACAACAUUAGUACUGUAUCGCAAAAUAGCGCGCCAAUGUCGCCAGUAACAGAAACGGUUACCCUACCGACAGGUGCCUCAAUGACUCUAUGCAUUCCAGUCUCACUGCCAACUCCUCGCUCGUGCAUGAGUCCAGCUCAAGGAGCUGAAUCGAACGCAUCUGAUAUUGGAGAUGAUAUCAAUGAUCAAGAGCCGGUCUCCAACGUAGCUAGCUUCUUGUCAAAUCUUCAGUUGGAUCAUUUAAUCGACUUGUUUGAACGUGAACAGAUUACGUUGGAAAUACUAGCUGAAAUGGGCCAUGAAGAUUUGAAACAGGUGGGAGUGUCAGCGUAUGGUUUUCGACAUAAGAUUCUGAAAGGAAUUGCUCAGCUUCGAGCAACGACAGGUCUUGGCAACAAUCCCAAUCCCGGAACACUGCUAGUUGAUCUUUUACCAGACGAUAAAGAGUUCUUAGCAGUUGAGGAGGAAAUGCAAGCGACCAUUCGUGAGCACCGCGACAAUGGACAGGCUGGUGGAUAUUUUAAUCGAUACAAUAUUAUUAGAGUUCAAAAAGUACAAAAUCGUAAACUUUGGGAACGCUACGUGCACAGGCGCCAGGAAGUUUCGGAAGAAAAUACCCAUCAAGCAAACGAACGCAUGCUGUUCCAUGGUAGUCCCUUCAUUAAUGCCAUUGUACAGAAGGGUUUCGAUGAGCGACACGCCUACAUUGGCGGAAUGUUUGGAGCCGGGAUUUACUUUGCCGAACAUAGUUCAAAGAGUAAUCAAUACGUCUAUGGAAUCGGUGGCGGUAUUGGAUGCCCGUCACAUAAGGAUAAAUCGUGUUAUGUCUGUUUAAGACAACUAUUACUAUGUCGUGUAGCCUUAGGAAAAUCAUUCUUGCAGUAUAGCGCGAUGAAAAUGGCCCAUGCGCCACCAGGUCACCAUUCGGUCAUUGGACGUCCAUCAGCAGGUGGUCUACACUUCACAGAAUACGUAGUCUAUCGUGGGGAACAAGCUUAUCCAGAGUAUUUAAUCACGUACCAAAUCGUUAAACCUGAAGACAGCUCAAGCGGCAAUGAAGAGUCAGCAAGAUGAUGGAUGCCAUCAGUAGGAUCAACGCCCACAUCAUCCCCAUCACCGAUUCAACAAUCACUUCUUCAUCUCGACAACCGUUCUGACUCAUUAUCAUCAUCAUUGACUACACCCACGACUACGACUACUGCCCCAUCCAAUUUGAGAACGAUUGGUAAUAUCCCAAAAAACUCCAAUGCAAAUAAUUCUGGAUUGUCACGCCUUAAACAAUUUAUGAUUAUUACACCGGCUGUAACGAUUGAUCGUAAUUGUAACAAUGAAACACCAAUGGACCCAUAUUAUUCCAACGAAAGUCGCGAGCAUUUCGAAUUUACCGACUACGAAAGUUUAAAUUCUCUCAAUAAUAACAUGGCGAACAACUUGCGCAGCACGAACAAUUUCCGACGCCCUCUUCCGUGCAGGGCACUAUACAAUCGCAGUAAUCUGUUAUCCUGGCGUUGGUGUACGCUUCUCUGUGCAGCGAUGCGCUGUUUUGGCGCUGGCGGCCGAAGCACGCAUUCACAAAAUGGGAACUUUGCAACGACGACGGCGACAAAUACAACUGGUCAGAAUUGCAAUUUUCGCUCCACUCAUAAUAAUUCCACGCCCACUAGAAACGUGCAAUAUACGCUGCCCCGACGCAACCAUGAUCGCUUGAAUAAAUUCACUUAUGAGUUGUGACAGUUGAAUCCCCUUGUCCUUCCACAUAUUUCAGUACAUAUUUUCUACAUACAUUACAUUUUACUUUUUAUGCAUUCAACUCCCAUCAUAAUUACAAUAAUUAUAAAUAUUUGACGUAAUAGAUUAUAAUCCAUAAUUAAAAAAUACUUGCGAGACUGCAGAAAGUACAGAUAGAAUAGGGGUCCUGGCCCAAGCAAGCAUAGUUUUGAUUUCAGACUUCAGUCCAGUAAGAAAUCCCAGCGCGGCCUGUGGCACUGAGUCCUUUCUUAGAUCUUGCGUACGUCAUCCAUUUCUGCAGGCAUGAAUUUCACCAUUGCAAGUUGUCAUUCGCGGGUGGAAAAGCACUUAAAUGGAAGUCGCAAGCUCCUAACAAGAACUCCUUCUGCAUUUGGAGAUAGCGAUUCAGUUUGUAUUUUUUGUAGUCACGGCAAGCUAAGCCUAUUUGCGAGUAAACAAAAACAACAAAACAAACCUUGUAAGAAUACAGAAUUCAAUAUUUAACAAUACAUAAAGAAGAAAUGUGUUCACGUUUGCCUACCUAAUAAAUUUACUAUCCAAUGAAAAGGAAAAUUACCCGAAACAAUUUCUGAUUAGUCAACUAAAUUGAAUAAGCGAAUCCAAUUAAAUUUUCAACAUAUUUAUGGAAAAGUGAAGAAGAGACGAAGAUAAAAACACCCAAAAUAUUGAUAUGUAUCUAGUGAAAAUGAAAUUUUCAAUAUCGAAAGACUUAAACGCUAUUUAGUUAUGAAAUUCUUUUACUGAUUUUUAAUCGAUCUCGAUCUAUAUUUUCUCUGGUUUCUUUAAGUACUCAUUUCUAUGCUACACAUUUAUUUUAGUUCAUGUGUUGGAACGUGAUAUGAGAAAAAUGGAAGAAAACGUAAUCACACAAAACAGUUAUUAGACUUAUUUUACGAAUAUUGUAUUUUUAAUUGUGUACGUUGUAAAUAGGUAUAAAUAUACAUACAUAUACUCUUGAAAUUUCAAAUGAUCAUAAGAA